AUUUGGGAUAUUCAAAAGCAAUCUAUUAGAUCAUUUUUCCCAGGUCACGAACAAGAUAUUUAUUCACUUGACUUUUCACGUGAUGGCCGUUUAAUCGUGUCUGGUUCUGGAGAUAAAACUGCUCGAGUUUGGGAUAUGGUUACUGGUGAUUUAUUGUAUAAACUCUCAAUUGAUGAACCAAGUCAAAAGGAUGCUGGUGUAACCAGUGUAGCUAUUAGUCCCGAUGGUUAUUACGUCGCAGCUGGAUCAUUGGAUAAAAUAGUACGCGUCUGGGACGCACGAACAGGUUAUCUUCUUGAACGUCUGGAAGGUCAUAAAGAUAGUGUUUAUUCUGUUGCAUUUGCUCCUGAUGGUAAAACGUUAGUUUCCGGAAGUUUGGAUAAGACUUUGAAAUUAUGGGAUAUGAGUAAUCCAGGAAGAAAUACUGGUGUUGGUUCUAGUCAAAAAAAUGCUGCAAAGAUGACUUUCAACGGACACAAAGACUUCGUUUUAUCCGUUGCAGUCUCUCCUGAUGGUCGUUGGGUAGUUUCAGGAUCUAAAGAUCGUGGUGUACAAUUUUGGGAUCCAAUUAACGCACAAACUCAAUUUAUGUUACAAGGUCAUAAAAAUUCAGUAAUUUCGGUAGCUUUAAGUCCGGCCCUAAACGGCCCAACUGGCAAACUUUUUGCCACUGGGUCUGGUGACUGUCGAGCGC